GGCCAAGUUCCAGCAAUGCCAGUGUAUCUUUAUACGAACCAAUUUGCCCAGUUUUUCUAACCCAUAUAUCUGUUUCCUCUUAAGAUAAACUUUUGAAAUUUAAAACACAGUUUAAUCUCGAGUAGCUUAGGACGCUGUAAGAAAAUGAGCCCUUAAUAUUGUGCCAUUUCAAAAUGGGAGGAUUUCAAAACUUGCAAUAUUGCUACUGACUCACUCACUCACUAAUCAUCAAAAUUAUAAGACACUUACCGUAUAGGUAGAAACGAGAAAUUUGGCUCAAAGGUAGGUUUUACAGUGUAACUAAAGGGAAAAAUCUAAAAUUGAAAUUUUUUCAAAAUUAAUGCAGCUUUAGAGAAAGAAUUUCUAAACGUAUGAAGUGGCGCGCUUAUCAUGCAUAAACGUUUUCUUUUAAACAGCAUUACAAUAUGGUAAUAAGAAAUUGUUUGUAGUUGACAUGUAUAAUAAUGUUUUCGUAAAUUUAUUUUAUUCAAAUACAAAAUGUAAUAUAAUUAUUCAAAUACAGAAUAUUUUAAUAAUAUUCGUCGGACGAUAAUUUUGCGUGAUAACGUCAUAACUCAUAAGAAAACAUUGAUGAAAAAUUGCACUCUUAUGAAUUGAAAAGUAUUAUUAUCAUUAUUUUGUACAAUACAAAGAAGGAGUUACCGAAAUAGCCAUUGUUGAAUAUAACCGUAUAAGAACUUUGUAUAGGCCAGACUAUAAACAAUUAUUCUAUCUAAAAAGUCUCGACGACGAAAAAUAAAAGAUCGUACUUGGCUAUCUUUGCCUGGUAUUGACAACGCUCAAGAGUCCAAUCUCUCAGCUCCUCGACAAAGACCCAAACGGUCUUAAGGUGUGAUUCCUAUGGACGCGUCUGCAGACGCGCCGCAGCGCGGCGCGAUUAAAAUCCCAGUCGCGUUGUCGAUUUUUUGGCCGCGCGGCUUGGGUACGGAUUCCUAUGCUGCCGGACCGCGACGAACCAUUUGCUGCGUUUCUCUGUUAGCAACAAGACGUAUUUUACAAUAGUUCAUUUUACAAUAUCUGUUUCUUUUUCAAAAUGUCUUUGAACAAAAAACAAAAGUUAAUUUUAAAUUUACUUCUUUUACAAGAAGUAGAUGAAGAACAAACAAUUAUCAAUAAGGUAAUGUUUAACAAUUCCAACAAGGCACAUGAGAUGUUUUUAACUAGGAAAACAGAAGGUGUCUUCAGUAUACUCAUCGAAAAACAUUUAUGGAGAGAUGAGAGUAAAUUUCGGGAAUUUUUUAGAUUAAGUAGAGAUCAAUACACGUACGUCUUAAAUAUAAUAGAGAAUGAUAUAACAACUAGUCCAAGUAUAAAAUUUCCAAAGCCAAUAUCAGCAGCUGAAAAAUUAGCAGUUACGUUAAGAUAUAUGGCUACUGGUGAAUCAUUGAGAUCGUUGGCUUUUUCUUUUAGAAUAUCUCAGAGUUACAUUUCUCGUAUCAUUCAAGUGGUUUUGAAAAGUUUGAGUAAACAACUAACUCCUAUUUUGUUAAAAUCUCCAACUAAAGAAAAUUUAAUUCGUGUAGCUGAGAAUUUCUGGAAUAAAUGGAAUUUUCCCAAUUGUGUGGGUGCCAUUGAUGGCAAACACAUACGAAUAUUUGCUCCCGGAAAAAGUGGUUCGUUAUUUUACAAUUACAAAGAAUAUUUUUCCAUUGUGCUUCUUGCAAUUGUUGACGCCGAUUGCAAAUUCAUAUAUGUGGAUAUUGGAUCAUAUGGCAAGGAAGGAGAUAGUGGAAUUUUCAACAAAUCCAUCAUCGCAGAAAAUAUAAGAACCGGAGAUUACUUUCCUUCGCCCGGGAAAUUGCCAAGUUCAAAUGAAAUAUUACCGUAUGUUCAUAUUGGUGAUGAGGCAUUUCGUCUGGAUCGGCACAUGAUGCGGCCGUACUCGAGAAUUGAAGGUCGAAAAGACUACCAAAAAACUAUUUUUAACUAUAGAUUGUCUCGGGCGAGAAGAACAACUGAAAACAGUUUUGGUAUCUUAAGUCAGGUAUUCAGAGUUUUUUAUACGCCUAUUUCUUUGAAAACAGAAACAGUAGAUAAUUUAGUGUUGUCGGCAUGUUGUCUUCAUAAUCUUCUUCGCGAUCGAUAUUUAGAAAAUACAGACAACAAUUAUUACAACUUUGAUGUCAACGAACUUCCACCAUCUAGAAAUAUGACGCCACUUACAAGAACGGGAGGAUACGCUAAUUUCGAGGGAUUUGUUAUUCGAGAUAAAUUUAAAAGUUUUUUUAACAGUCCAUUAGGGGCUGUUGAGUGGCAAAAUCAUCAAGCUCAACUAACAGAUACACAGUGAACUAUAAUGUAUUGUUUUGUAAAAAAUAUUAUUUAUUUAUCUAUGUAUUUGGUGCCUUAUUCGAAUAGAAAUAUAGAAAUAUAUUUAG